AUGUCUAGAGUUACACGAGAAUGUCGAGAAAAAUCGCUGGAAAGAAGCAGAAUGUGAGUAAUAAAUAGAUAAAUAGGAUUAGCUUAUUUUUUUCAUAAAAAAAUUAUAUAAUAUUCAUGUAGGAAGCCAUUUUUCAUCUCGGACAAUUGGAAUAAGAAUCAACACUUUUUCGAUCGUGGCCGAGACAUUGUUCGAGAAAAUAUUCGAACUAUUAAAUCAACGUUGCCAAAGUGUCAAGGAGUUCGAAAAGUUCCGCCGUUUUGCAGACAAUCGUAUCAGGCGAACACACAAGUUCAGCCACUUUUACCAAUGAUUCAAUCAAGGUCGAAAUCCGUGGAUUCAAGUGUGAGUUUUUGUUUUUGGGUUGUCUUUGGAAAAAUAAAUUCCACUUGGAGACCUUUUUCUGAAAAAUAUUUUCAAAAAUAUUUCAUAUUUCAAACAGCAGAAUAUUCAUUCAAUGUUUCAUGUUUCAUUUUUGGAGUCCGUAUUUUUUCGACAUUUGCGAAAUCAGAAAGUAACAAAUCAAAAUUUAAUGUUUCAAUUAGUUAUUACGAAAUUUUAAAACGUAUUAUUUUCUAUAGAAAUAAUACUGGAUCAAGAAAAUUUUCAAUAAUUUUCUCUCUUUUGAAAAUAUGAAUUUUUACAGAUCUCCGACGACAGUGCUCAAUUCCGCGCACUUUUCAUCCGAGGCGAUCUACACGUUCGAAUAUUGCAUUCCGGAGGCCCUGGUGAAAAACCAAAUGAGUUACAAUGGGCAAAAGAUCCAACUUUGAUGAAAAGCGAAACAAUUUGUGCACUUCUAGCCAAAUUCUCAAGUGGAAUAAGUCUUCUAGAUCAUGUGAGUUUUAAUUUUUUCUCGAAAUUCUACCUCCGUGGAAAAAUCAGUUCAUUUUAAGCCAUAUCGAUUUGUUGCUGAAACCGGGAUCACUGAUUUGCUCAUCGCUUUGAAAAACCAUCAGCAAUUGACAAGUGUUUUGCCGCAAUUAGUAAGAGGUCUUCGCGCUGGAUUUUAUUCUUUCGACAAUGAAAAGAAGAAAUUCUGUCUUCGAACUUUAUCGCGAAUUGCUUCGAUGGAUUCAAUUGGUCCGCAAUUAGUUCCAUUUUAUCGACAACUUCUUCCGCCUUUGCGAAAUGUUCGACAAUCUCGAAGUCGAUCUGAUCGAGUUCAUUAUGAUAAAGGAAGACAAUUAGAAGAAAUGAUAACUUCGACUUUGAAUGAUUUGGAAAGAAGUGGAGGAGCGAAUGCUCUAAUUAAUAUCAAAUAUUUGCUUCCACAUUAUGAUUCCUGUCAAUAUAUGUGA